AUGUCACAAGACAUCUUCCAAGCAAAGAUCGACCAAACAUUCGAAGGAUGUAGAGGCGUUGUGGGUAUCGCAGAUGCUAUUGUUACCUCUGGCACAACAGAAGAAGAGCAUGACCAAAAUCUACGCAGUAUGAUGAGCCGGUGCCAAGACACAGGUCUGAGGCUGAACCCUGACAAAUGCCACAUAAAGCAAGAAAAAGUAAAGUUUUACGGGCUUAUCUGCGCUCCAGAAGGAAUUCAACCAGACCCGACAAAGUGUCCGCCCUUAAGCAGAUGGCCCCACCGACCAACAGCAAAGAACGAUGCAGACAUUCUUGAGUCUGGCCACCUAUAUGGCACCAUUCAUCCCGAAUCUCAGUCACCACACCGCCUCACUGCGACAGCUACUCAAGAAGGAGUGCAAGUUUGCCAACAAGAUGUGUUUGACAGGAUCAAUAAUUUAAUUUCUGAAGAAGUUACACCAAUAUACUUUGACCCAGAUAAAUAG